AUGUCAGUCAGCCUGCUCGGCGAGACCGGCCCGUACCGAGUGGUGUACGACUACGCGCCGGCCGUGAAGCGCGUCACCGGCAACCGCAGCGUCACGUACUGCACGCACGUGACGGCCGAGCGGCUGGAGCGGACGGCGGCGCUGUUGACUCGGUGGGACGGGCCGCUCUCCGUGGCCGUGUUCGUGCUGCCGGACGAGCUGUGUUCGCUCGCGGUCCAGCUGGCGCGUCUGCGUCGCUGCACGCCCGGCUUCCGCCGCCGCCGCCGCCGGCUCCGGCUGCCAUACCCGGUUAACGUGGCGCGCAACGCGGCGCGGCGCGCGGCGCGCACUCACUUCGUGCUCAGCUCGGACGCCGAACUGCUGCCGGCGGUCAACACGAGCGCGCUCUUCCUGCAGCUGAUGGCGCGGGUUUACGUGCUGCCGGUGUUCGAGGUGGAGCAGAGGAUGCCAGGCAACAAGAGCGAUCUGGUGGGCAUGCUCCGCUCGGGCGAGGCCGUCUGGUUCCACCGACACGUGUGUCCACACUGCCAGAGGUUCCCCGGCGUCUCGCAGUAUACCACCAAGCGCUUCACGCCGGGCAAAGUGGCGGCGUUCUCCGUCACGUAUCGGCAGGUGCCGUACCACCGCUGGGAGCCGAUCUACAUCGGCACGGACGCCGAGCCCCUCUACGACGAACGGCUUAGCUGGGAGGGCAAGCAGGACAAGAUGACGCAGAUGACGGCGCUGUGCCUGCGCCGGUACCGGAUGGUGGUGCUCGACCAGCUGUACCUGGUCCACGCGCCGCAGCCGGGCGAGAACCAGCGCCACUACCAACGCAUCGUCGCCCGGCUGGUGCGUGAGCAGCCGGGUGCCGGCAAAAAGUGCCUGCCGCGGUGA